UUUCUUUCUAAUCCGUAUAGACGACGAUCAUACACUAUGGGUGCCUACAAAUAUCUUGAAGAGCUUGCCAGAAAGAAACAAUCCGAUGUUUCUCGUUUCUUGCUUCGUGUGAGAUGUUGGGAAUACAGACAAUUGAACGUUAUUCACCGCGCUUCUCGUUCUUCUCGUCCUGACAAGGCUCGUCGUUUGGGUUACAAGGCCAAGCAAGGUUUCGUUAUCUAUCGUAUCCGCGUUCGUCGUGGUGGUCGUAAGAGACCUGUUCCCAAGGGUGCCACUUACGGUAAGCCCGUCAAUGAAGGUGUUUCUCAACUCAAGUACCAACGUUCCCUCCGUUCUACUGCCGAGGAACGUGUUGGCCGCAAGUGUGCUAACUUGCGUGUCUUGAACUCAUACUGGAUCAACCAAGAUGCUACCUACAAGUACUACGAAGUUAUCCUCGUUGACCCCUCUCACAAGGCUAUCCGUCGUGAUGCUCGCAUCAACUGGAUCGCCAACCCUGUUCACAAGCGUCGUGAAGCUCGUGGUUUGACUGCUGUUGGCAAGAAAUCCCGUGGUCACAACAAGGGUCACCGCUUCAACAACACCAAGGGUUCUGGUCGUCGUGCCACCUGGAAGCGUCGCAACACUCUUUCUCUCCGUCGCUACCGUUAAACUGCUUAAUAAAGUUUCUACACUUGAUAUUCAUAAUUUGUACAUAGUCAAAAAAAAACUCGCUUUAUUUGUCUUUUUCUUCUAGUGUUCUUAAUAACAUUUUGAUACGAUAUUCUGCUUUUUCAUUGGCGAUUUUAAGUUGUUUGAUUUCAUUCUUUAAUUCUUCAUUACUGCUUUCUUCAGGAAGGUUGUCUACACAGAAUGAGCUUCUUUUGUAUGAUAAUAGCCAUCAAGUACCUGUUUUAUGGAUCACUUUUUUAAGUUGGUUGACUUGGCGUUGAAGGGAUUGAAUAGCGACAUCCACUGGUGUAUCGCUUAAAAAGUGUUGCUCUUCAGUAGACAUAAUUAAGAAAAGGAAAAGAAAACUUUGUCUGACAGCCCCCAU